CCCCCCACCCCCCCCCAACACCCAGACCCUAGGCGCGAGGGCUCUAGAACCUUCGCCUUCCCCGAUUCGGAAGCCCUAGCCGCGAGGGUUCCGGGACCUUCUGGCGCUGGAGGAUGGCGGGAGGGGCCGUGGACCAGUCGCUGCUCGACCUGCUGCCCCAGAUCCAUGCCCUCUUCUCCGACCCGCUUCGCGUGAUUUCGUACAAAUGGCUUAGUCGGAACUUCUCUAUAUCAUCGAAUGAUGCCAAGAGGUUGCUUCAGGAGUUUGUCAACAAACAUGGAACCAACCUCCAAGUGAUUUACAGUGUGUCGGGGUGGUUGAAGAACAAUCCCCAAAAUUACUGUAUAAAGCUCAUUUCAGGGACAAAACUUGAAGAAGGAAGGCAAGGUUUCAAAGAUUCUUGUUCGGUCCAGAUCUACAGUAUCCAGGCCUGUAUUCCAAAAGAUACAGCUGUACUUUGGAAUCCUGAAUUUGUGCAGGCAGAGGAGCUUUUCAACCAGCCUUUUGAUGACGAGAACUGUUUGAGAGAUAAUAGGUUUUGUGGUGUUUUGAAUUCUUCUGUCAAGCGAACAUCCAAUGGGAAGCAUGUGAGUUCAUUGCCACCAAAGCCCUUAAAUAGUGCUGCAGUAGUCGCACAGUCUAAACCUAGUGUUACUCCAAAGGAGCAGUUUGUUACUGCUCAGCAGCAAGAUUUGCCUGUAAGUUCAAAGCAGGGAGCAGGCAAUAAGUCUGAGAAGGAUAAUUCUACAGUAUUAGAUAAAGCUGGCAGUGCACCUGUUGUCAAAGAACAAUCAAUUGAUGCCCAUGCAAGCAAAAGUAAAGCUCAAAAUGGAAAGGCCAUGCCUAGUAAUGGUGGAUCACUGGCUAACAUGUGGGGCCGUGCAUCAGCAAAACCUAAGCCUCCAAGUACCACUAAUUCUACAGCUGUAGCAAGUGUUGCAGCUACGGCUGAUGCACAAAUAUGUGCAAAAGAAGAAGCAGAUGGAGAUAGCAGCGAUGAUGAACAGGGAGUAAAGUACAAGAGGGGAUCCACCAAUGCAAAUAACAAAAAGAGAAGAGCGGUAUUUGAUUUUUCAGACGAUGAGGAAGACGACAAUAUUAUAAGCAUUGCAUCUCCUGAGCUACCAAAACAGCAUACCCCAGACCCUGUUAUUGGAACUGCUGAAGAUGCUGAAGUAAAUCAAAAGAACUUGGAAAAUAAUGACGAUGUACCAAACAAUGAGAAAGGUUCCUCAAUGGGGAUGGAUUCUGACUUCACUGCUGAAUGUAAAAUCAAAACUGUCAAUACUAUGAACCAUUCUGGGAUUACUUUAAAAGAAAAGAGCAGUGAUCCUCCAAUCAAUGACAAGAAGCAGGAUUCUGCAGCUGAGCCUGCCUCCACCUCACCGAAGAGAAGAAAGGUUUUGAAGACACGCAUAGAUGAGAGGGGAAGGGAAGUUACCGAGGUUGUCUGGGAGGGUGAAGCUUCUGCAGAUGACAAGGCAGAGAAGAAUGUCAACACUACUGCUGCAACUGCAAGCGGGGCGACUCUCCCAAGCAAACCAAAGCCAGCAGCAAACACUGACAAAAGCAAAGCUCCAAGCAAAGCAGCAGCAGGCAACAAGAAACCUGCGAAGGCUGGAACCAAGCAAGGGAGCAUUAUGUCAUUCUUCAAGAAAGUAUGAGCCAGCGCGGUGUGCACCAAAAUGAGACAGGACCUUUUGCUCAGCAAACUGUCUGCUGCCGCGCUUAGUGAACCCAGGUCUCCAACCAGGGGCAGCUCUACGUGAAUAUCGUCAGGCCGGCAAGUAAGAAGGGCUUCGAGCAGGGAGGCGUCCGUUAGCUAUAUCAUUUUGUUGUAGCAAGCGUAGUGACGCUUGAGUGAAGCAGAGACCACGUCUCUUAGUUCAGAGAUUAUCUUGCUGUAGCUGUACAUAUAAUUGUACUGAGGAUACUCAACCUAUUUGCACUUUUGCACGGUGCUGUUGUGUUGUUUGGAAGUCGGAAGGGAGAAUCCUAGAAACGCCUUGGGUUAUCUCUCUGGUAUUGCUCGUCAGAACCACUCCACUUUGGCGACUGGCACUGGCCUGUAUGUAAAGCUUGGUAGGCGCCCGUGUUUCUUUGUUUCA